AUGUCGGGACUCGGAAUCAAUGGCUUUGGCCGCAUCGGUCGCGUGUUUCUGCGCAAUUGUCUGUCGCGCAAGGAUGCGCAGGUGCUGGCCAUCAAUGACCCCUCAAUGGAUCCCAAGUACCUGGCCUAUAUGCUGCGUUAUGAUUCCACGCACGGCAUAUACAACAAGAAGAUCUGCCUGGAGGGCAACACACUGGUGGUCGAUGGCAAGAAGAUCAAGCUGCUGCAGGAAUCCGAUCCAAAGAAGCUCAAGUGGGGGGAACUGGGCGUUAAGACUGUGGUGGAAUGCUCGGGCCGCUUCACCACUUUGAAGGAUUGCCAGGUAUAUUUGGAUGGUGGUGCCAAGAAGGUCGUCAUCUCUGCCCCUUCCGCCGAUGCACCAAUGUUUGUGUGCGGCGUCAAUCUGCACAAGUAUAAGCCGGACAUGAAGAUCAUCUCGAAUGCCUCUUGCACCACCAACUGUCUGGCCCCGCUGGCCAAGGUGGUGCACGACAAGUACCAAAUCGUUGAGGGUCUGAUGACCACGGUGCAUGCCGCCACCGCCACCCAAAAGAUCAUCGAUGGGCCGAGCAACAAGGCGUGGCGCGAUGGCCGCAGUGGCAUGUGCAACAUCAUACCCGCCUCCACGGGCGCCGCCAAGGCAGUGGGCAAAGUGAUUCCCUCGCUGAACGGGAAGCUCACGGGCAUGGCAUUCCGUGUGCCCGUCCCCAAUGUCUCUGUUGUGGAUCUGACCUGUCGCCUGAACAAGCCCGCCAAGUUGGAUGACAUCAAGAAGGCCGUCAAGGCAGCAGCCGAGGGUGACAUGAAGGGCAUCCUCGGCUAUGUGGAGGAGGAGGUCGUCUCCUCAGACUUUAACGGUUCGCGCUUUGCAUCCGUCUUCGAUGCCAAGGCCUGCAUUGCCCUCAGCGAUAAUUUUGUCAAGCUAAUUGCCUGGUAUGACAAUGAGACGGGCUACUCGUGUCGCCUCUUCGAUCUCAUUCUGUACACACAAUUGGCUGACAUGUGUGCCGAGAGGGAGCUGAAGAAGAAGUGUGCCGAGGAGGAGCUCAAGAAGAAGUGCGCCGAGAAAGACAAGGAUCCCUGCAAGAAGAAGUAGG